UCACCUCUCCUGUCCAUGCCCCUACAGGUUUGAGAGAUGAAAACCUCAAGAUGGUGGCAGCGAUUUUCCAUCAUCAGCUUCCUGUUAGGGGUGUGGCUUCCUGCCUGGAUCAUGGCCCAGACAACGCCCCCUACCCAGGGCUCCACCUCCCCCAAACCCCAGAACGACCCGCUGCAGUUCCGUCUGGUGGGGUACCCCCGGAAGCACAACGAGGGGCGCAUCGAGGUCUUCUACAAGGGAGAGUGGGGGACCAUCUGUGAUGACGACUUCUCUCUGUCCAACGCCAACGUCCUCUGUCGCCAGCUGGGAUUCGUCUCCGCUACGGGUUGGACACACAGCGCCAAGUACGGCAAGGGCCUAGGGAAGAUCUGGCUGGAUAAUGUUCAGUGUAACGGAGGAGAGAAGAGCAUUGACCUGUGUAAAUCUCGAGGCUGGGGCAACAGUGACUGCACACACGAUGAGGACGCUGGAGUCGUCUGCAAGGACGAGAGGCUUCCUGGGUUUGUCGACUCCAACGUCAUCGAUGUGCAGGUGGAUGAGGACAGGGUGGAGGAGGUGCGUCUGCGCUCGGUGGUGCCCACCAAGAAGAUGCCCGUCACCGAGGGAGUUGUGGAGAUUAAGUACAAGAACGGCUGGGCCCAGAUCUGUGAUGUGGGGUGGACCCCCAAAAACACACGGGUCAUCUGUGGUAUGCUGGGGUUCCCUCACGAGAAAAAGAUCAACAAGAACUUCUACAAAGCCCGUCUGAGAAAGAGAGCAGCUGAGAGAAAAGCCAGAGCCAAGGUUAAUGUUUCUGCUGGUGCCAGGCUGCACCCUAAAGCUAUUGCUAAACCAUUCACCUCUGGGUUAAAGAAAAGGAGCACGGUGAGGCUGAAGGGUGGUGCCAAGCUGGGUGAGGGCAGAGUGGAGGUGCUGAGGAACAAUGAGUGGGGCACGGUGUGUGACGACCGUUGGACCCUGCUGUCAGCCAGCGUGGUGUGCAGGGAGCUGGGCUUCGGAUCCGCCAAGGAGGCUCUGACUGGGGCUCGCAUGGGAGAAGGGAUGGGUCCCAUCCACAUGAACGAGGUCCAGUGUCUGGGGACGGAGAAGUCGAUGUGGGACUGCGGCUUUAAGAACAUAACGUCAGAGGACUGCCAGCAUGUAGAAGACGCCGCUGUGAGUGGCAACACGCGCAUACAUGCUCUGGAGAAACUCGACCAUACUUCCCCCAUCUCCGCACUCAUACUCGUACACACCCGCCCUCCGCUUCCUAACCGGUCUGCCCAACCACAGAUCCGCCUGACAGGGGGCCGUACGCGGUAUGAGGGGCGCGUGGAGGUGCUGAGCACAGAGGCUAACGGGACCAGGAGCUGGGGCCUGAUCUGUGGAGGGACCUGGGGCACCAAGGAGGCCAUGGUGGCCUGCAGACAGCUGGGGCUAGGCUACGCUAACAACGGCCUGCAAACGUCCUCCAUUACCCCCAACCACCCUGGUCUCAUUACCCCCCAAACCCUGGUCUCUUACCCUCCACUGUCCUACGCUCCCCCAAUCACCCUGUCCUCUAGUACCCCCAACACACCUGGUCUCCAGUACCCCCAACACCCUGGUCCUCAUUACCCCCCAAACACCCUGGUCUCCAGUACGCCACACCGGUCCUCCACUUUACCCCCACACAACCCUGGUCUCCAGUUACCCCCCAACAGCCUUGGUCCUCCAUACCUUCCCAUGACAGACACCUGGUGCCAUAACCGCCUCACCCCUAGCAAGUACACCGCUGGUCCUCCCUCCCCCCAACACCCUAGGUCACGUCCAGUACCCCCAACACCCUGGUCCUACCAUUACCCCCCACACCCUGGCUUCACACUCAUACCCCCCACUCCUGGUCACUCGUCAGUUCCUCCCCAACACCCAUGGUCCUCCAUUCACCUCAAACCCAACACCCUGUCCUCCUUUAACACCAACAGCACUCCUGUUCGUCCGAGUUAUGAGCCUUCCAACUACCAUGGCGCCCUCCAUUUACCCGACCCAACAGCCCGUGGUCGCUUCUCAGUCACCACCGCGAUAUCCACUCCUGUACCCGCCCCAUUACGCCCGGGGUCCUCAGUACCCCUAGACGCCAACUUGUCCCCAGCCCCCAUCUCCGAACAUCCCUGGUGCGCGCUUACCGUCACCCACCACAAACGCAACGCCGUUCCUUCCAUCUCCCCCAACGCCCCACCCUUUGUUCGCCGGCUACAAUAUUUACCCUACACCAACACCCUGUUCCUCCUGAUUUUAGCCCCCCUCAAACUCCUCGCGCUGGCUUCCGUCCACAGUACCGCCCCACAUCUUCCCAUGGUGGUCCUCCCAAGUACCCCUAACACACCUGGUCCCUCCAUUACCGACCCAGACACCCUCGUUCCUGAUACCACCCUGCCCCAUUACCACUACCCUGCGCCUCCAUACCCACCUCUGGUCCUCCAUACCCCAACACCCUGUCCAUUCCCCCCCACCCGGAAGUCCUCCAUUACCCCCAACACCCUGUCCUCCAUGUCCCCCAAGUACACCCUGUCCUUCCAUGUACCCCCAAACACCCCUGGUCCUCCAUUACCCCCAACACCCUGGUCCCUCCAUUACCCCCAACACCCUUCGGUCCUCCGAUUCAGCCCCAACACCCUGGUCCUCCAGUACCCCCCAACACUCCUUGUCCUCCCAUUACCCCCCAACACCCUGGUCCCUCAUUACCCCCAACACCCUUGGCCUCCAGUAACCCCCAAACACCCGUCCGUCCUACCAACCCCCAACACCACCUGGUCGCUGCCAGUGCGUAUCGUGGGAGGCAGGACAUACUAUGAGGGCCGUGUGGAGGUGCAGGUGGGGGCACGGUGGGGCACGGUGUGCUCUGCAGGCUGGACCACUAAAGAGGCCAUGGUAGUCUGCAGACAGCUAGGCCUGGGAUACUCCAUGCAUGCCAUCACUGUGAGUAUGACAGGUAUGACAGAUUUUACAGGUAUGACAGAUAUGCCAGAUAUGCCAGAUAUGACAGGUAUGACAGGUAUGAUAGAUUUGACAGGUAUGACAGAUAUAACAGGUAUGACAGGUAUGCCAGAUAUGACAGGUAUGACAGAUAUGAAAGAUAUAACAGGUAUGACAGGUGUAACAGGUAUGACAGAUAUGACUGGUAUGAUAGUUUUGAAUAAUUCUUCACUCUUGUUGCACUCCCCAUGCAGGCACUACCACAGUAUGGAUAUCUUCACCCACUACGACCUGUUGUCAUCCAACGGGACCAAGGUGGCUGAGGGACACAAGGCUUCCUUCUGUCUGGAGGACACAGCGUGUCACGAGGGUAUCUCUAAGAGGUAUGAGUGUGCUAACUUCGGAGAGCAGGGCAUCACCGUGGGGUGUUGGGACCUGUAUCGCCAUGACAUCGACUGCCAGUGGAUCGACAUCACCGACAUCAAACCAGGAAACUACAUCCUACAGGGGGGGGGGCUGAUGCGUCUAACCAUGUUCAACAAUGGGACAACCAAUCACGAAACCCUCCAUCACCUAUCUACCAACCAGAAACCCAAUUCAUUAUCAAAUCCCAAACCAACCAACCAAUCACAACCAACAUCAUUAAAUCACAAGCAACAUUCCCACAGGGCAGCAGUCAGCAGUGAUCUUAGACCGGGAUUCAAUCUGAACGCAUUUUGUCGACUAAGGCACCUUUUCAAAGGCAAUGUUUCCCGCAGAGACCGCAUUCACGGUAAACGCUCCGUAUGUCGGCUUUAAAUAACCUUUAAAAGGUCAAGCUCGCUCAACCGCUGAUCAGAUUGAAUCCAGGCCUUGACAGAAGGAGCCAUGUUAUACGGUGAAUCAUGUGUUGGUGUAUGUUACAUUUUGUCAUACAGUGAAUGUGUUGGUGUAUGUCAGUGUUAUUAUACUUGAAUACUUAGUGCUCUAAGAUUUUUUUUUAACAAACUUAUUUUUAGAAUUUUUUUUGUUGUUCAAAUGUGAGUAUAUUAUGCUACAUUUUGUCACAGAAGAACAAGUCAUAUGAUAUCAUAACUAGUCUUAAUUCAUGUUUGACUGAUUGAUGUCUGACGUGCAACCUUUUCAUUCACGUUUUGUUAAAGUUGUAUUUUGUUGUUGUUGUUGUUGUCCAGUCUGUAGUCUUGAAAGGUGAUCCAGAGGUGUAUUCACUAGGAACCAAACAGAAGCAAACGAAACAGGUGGAAGGACUUACCUACAUUUGUCCAAUAUAAGUUCUUUGGUUUCGUUGCAAAACGUUUUCAGUUGUUUCGCUACGCUGUGCACUAAUGAAUACACCUCAGGAGAAGACGCUAGUCCUUAUUUCUGCUAUAAGACAUCUUCAUAAUGACCUGACGUAUCACAGGGAACCAUCCCACGUUGUUGCAUCUCCAUGUAGUUCUCAUAGUUCACACGUCAAGAUCUGUUUAGAUAAAAUAUAUUCUAAAAUCCUCAAA